AUAGGUGUAUACAUAAGUGUGUGGGUGUGUCUGUGCGUGUGUGUGUGAUCGGUGUGCCCAGCGUUUACAAGUGAAGACAUUUGAGUUGUGGGAUUGGAUUAAGACUAGGACUUAGGACUUAUUUUUACAUUUCGUCUUGGACUUAAGACUUUCUGUUUAUUGUCAUGGCGGACCUCACAGAAGAACAAGUUGCAGAAUAUCGGGAAGCUUUUUCAUUGUUUGACAAAGAUGGCGACGGCACUAUUACAACCAAAGAGCUGGGCACUGUCAUGAGGUCACUAGGUCAGAACCCGACAGAUACAGAGUUACAGGACAUGAUCAAUGAGGUGGAUGCUGACGGAAAUGGAACAAUAGACUUCACAGAGUUUCUUACUAUGAUGAGCAAAAAGAUGAGUCCUAGUGACGCAGAAGAAGAAAUCCGUGAGGCUUUUAGAGUUUUUGACAAGGAUGGCAACGGCUACAUCUCGGCGCAAGAGCUGCGUCACGUUAUGACCAACCUGGGAGAGAGGCUGACCGAUGAGGAGGUCAACGAAAUGAUCAAAGAGGCGGACAUUGAUGGCGAUGGACAGGUCAACUAUGAAGAGUUCGUGAAGAUGAUGGCCCAUAAUGUGAAAUGAAAUGAUGAUUGAAAAGAUGCUAUGGGAAUAUGUUUCUUUAUAAACUCAUAUUUAAGGCCUCUUCACAUGACAAUAUAUUACAAUUAGUUUUUUUUUAAAUUUAUGUCAUAUAAGAUGACAUUAUAUUAUGACAUUAUUAUAUGAAAUUAUGACUUUUACGUGAGAAUAAAAAAUUGGCGAUUCACACUUAGCCAGUUGGAAUCCUAAGGAAAGAUACGUUUUAAAUGUGGCCAUUUACCGUGGACAAAAUAUUGACACAUGCCUAAAUGUUGACUAGAAUAUGGACACAUAUAGAAGCUAAUCGGAUACAACAUGACAGAUAGAUUACAGAAAGACCGUGUAAGACUUUUUAACAAGAAUUAGACAGUAAUAAAGAUAACAUGAUUAUAACAGGACUUGGACACAAUAACAGGACAUAACAUGACUUCCACACUAUAACAUGACAUAACCAGACUACAACACUAUAACAUGACAUAAAUGACAACAACACUAUAACAUGCCAUAACUUGACUACAACACUAUAACAUGACAUAACGUGACUACAACAUGACAUAACUUGACUACAACACUAUAACAUGACAUAACGUGACAACAACACUAUAACAUGACAUAACGUGACAACAACAAUAUAACAUGCCAUAACGUGACUACAACACUAUAACAUGACAUAACAUGACUUCAACACAAUAACAUGACAUAACCUGACUACAACACUAUAACAUGACAUAACGUGACUAUAACAUGCCAUAACUUGACUACAACACUAUAACAUGACAUAACGUGACUACAACAUGACAUAACUUGACUACAACACUAUAACAUGACAUAACGUGACAACAACACUAUAACAUGACAUAACGUGACAACAACAAUAUAACAUGCCAUAACGUGACUACAACACUAUAACAUGACAUAACAUGACUUCCACACAAUAACAUGACAUAACCUGACUACAACACUAUAACAUGACAUAACGUGACUACAACAUGACAUAACUUGACUACAACACUAUAACAUGACAUAACGUGACUACAACAUGACAUAACUUGACUACAACACUAUAACAUGACAUAACGUGACAACAACACUAUAACAUGACAUAACGUGACAACAACAAUAUAACAUGCCAUAACGUGACUACAACACUAUAACAUGACAUAACAUGACUUCCACACAAUAACAUGACAUAACCUGACUACAACACUAUAACAUGACAUAACGUGACUACAACAUGACAUAACUUGACUACAACACUAUAACAUGACAUAACGUGACAACAACACUAUAACAUAACAUAACGUGACAACAACAAUAUAACAUGCCAUAACGUGACUACAACACUAUAACAUGACAUAACAUGACUUCCACACAAUAACAUGACAUAACCUGACUACAACACUAUAACGUAAUCAUAACUGGACUUGGACACCUUUAAAAAUGGAAACUAGACCUUGUUUAGUUCUUGAUAGACACUCGUAGGGGCCUAAAAGACCACCGGGUCCACUCGAACAUGUUUCUACCAAGACAGAAGACUCCGUAACAUCGAGUCUUUCAGUAUCACUAUGACUUCAAUUUACAUUUGUAACAAUUGACUCAAAACGAGGUUUCAUAUUUUGAAAUGCAAUAAAGGAGAAGAGUUUCAUGUAUAACAAUCAACUAGUUUUAUCUGUAAGAUCUUACAUGUAUACACACUUCUAGAUUGUCAACUCAGAAAUACCAUAUAGACUAUAGAUAGACGAAUGACUUGAGCUAUUACUAUGUCAUUUAGAUUGACCAUUUCUUUAGCGUUAUACGUUACCUGUUAUAUUGUGUUAUUUUAUAAAUACUUUUUAUAUGGUAUGCGAAUGUCCAUUUUUAUUUCUUCUAUUUUACUGUUCAAUGUUAUACUGUAGCCUGAUUAGUUUCGAAGGCAUUUAAGCCCAUUACUGACUUGAACGUCUUGUAGAGGAUAUUUGUAUUGCGUUUUAUUUACUUUUAUUUUUACAGUAACUAAAAUAUUAAAACUUAAAACAGCGAGUUUGUUUUAACAUA